AUGGCUAGCCAAAACCCUACCACACCCGUGAAGGUGCCCUCAUCGGCUGCUAGCUACACCGCGGCCACGCUCGACCCUGAUCUCAGAUCCCAGAUCAACUCAUUAUUAAUAAAGGAUGGCCAUGUCACUAAAAUCCAAGAAAGCCUCCUACACGCCCUCCACUCUCACAAAUCCAACUGGCCUACCGCCGUACAAAACCACGCCUUAUCUCUCCUCCGCUCCGGCGAAGUGACGUCCUUCCCCGCCCUCCUCCGCCGCGUCCUCGAAGACGUCCGCCAAGACACCACAUUCUCCCCCAACGGCACCGCCGCCACGGCCACCAACGGCACAUCCAGCAGCAAGGCCGCCGCAAACGGCACAUCAUCAGAAGAGAACGGUACCCCCGUAGCGAACGGCAGCGGCAGCAAGACCAACGGCGCCGCGGCCGCGGCCAAUAACGGGACCGGCGCCGGUGGCCGGCCAAGCCUCGCCGUUCCGUCGACUGUGGUUGAUGAGGCGCUGAAGGUCACGCGGGAUUGUCUUGAUUCGGUGUGCGAGAUGGAUGAGAGCGGCGCGACGUAA